AUGCCGAAGCGAAAAGUUGCCUCCAAAAUCUCCGGCCUCGUGGAGUCGGAUGAUGAGGAUUUGAUGCAAGUGACCGAGAAUGACGCGCAGGAUACUCGCGAUGAACCGCCCCCCAAGAAACGUCGAGGAAGACCCCGUACUUCGCAUGAGGAUGCGACCGAGCCUAAAACGACUACGCAAGCAAAGAAACAGCCUACAUCUGCAACUUCAAAACCAGCGCAAGCAGAGGCCCCUGCUGCCAAGAAGCCCACUCGCCGAGGAAGACCCCGGGGCAGCAGUCGCGCGUCCGUCGAUCCCGACGCGCAAGCGCGGGCAGCGGUGACAGAAGAUGAGGCACUCGACGAUGAUGAGAAUACACACGACCAAGAGAACGAAGAGUAUACUGCUGUUAAAGACACUAAGCCGACCCGGGGCGCCAAAAGCAGCAAGCCCGCACCCACGCGUGGUCGAGGUAGAGGCCGUGCGGCCAGCACAACGCCGGCACUUCAAACCGAUGGCGAAUUCGAGUUCACACCGAACAGUACUCGACAAAGAGACGAUCCUCAAGGCACAGGGUCGCGGCACAACGAGGAACCUUCAAUAGAAAUUGUCGACGAAACAAUCCUUCCCGAAGACUCGGCACCUACCCCUUACGUGACAUCGUCACCGGUGAAGAACGCUCGGGCUCGACUAGCCGCGUUGCGCAACACACAGGAAUCCCCGCGUAAGCGCAAACUAGCAAAUGCCGACGCUGAACCAAGCGGAGAUCCAGAAUUGAGGCGAAGGCUUGGUGAGCUCUCUAAGAAGCAUGAUGCAUUGGAAUUCAAAUAUCGCAAUCUUCGAGAGAUUGGCAUUUUGGAGGCCAAUGCCAACAUGGAAAAGCUGCGAAAGCAAAGCGAAAGUGUCACUGCUGCAUCGAACGAGCUGAUCGCGUCGCUUCGAUCGGAAUUGGAGGCACAACGAGCGGUGGGUCAGCAAAGUCGCGGACUCCAGAAGCAACUGAAGGAGCGAGAUGCCGAAAUGGCUCGGCUCAAGUCGCAGGCCGAUGAGGCACGCUCACAGCUUUCUUCCUCGCAGUCCGAGGUCAAAGCCCUGCAGACCAAGCUUGCUGCCGCACGGAAUACGGCCGCAAGCCUUGAAGGUGCUGCGAAGGCUCCUGGCAGUGCCAUCAAGGCUGGCGGGCCCAAUCGGGCCAAUGCGGCAGCCAGCGCAAAAGCUGCACAAGCCGCACAAUUGGCGCAGUUGAAAGAAGACUUGUAUAGCGACUUGACUGGGCUGAUCGUCCGAGAUGUCAAGAAUCGGGAGUCGGAUCAUUUGUACGAUUGUAUUCAGACUGGAGUGAACGGAACUCUUCAUUUCAAAUUGGCCAUCCCCAAGGUUUCUGCUGCGGAAUUUGAAACUGCCGAGUUCCAAUAUCUGCCCCUAUUGGAUGCCAAUCGCGAUCGCGACCUGGUAAAUAUCCUGCCCGACUUUUUGACGGUGGACAUAACCUUCAGCCGCCAGCAGGCAUCCAAGUUCUAUACACGGGUGAUUGAUGUUCUCACGAAGCGACGGAGCUCGACACAAUAG